UAGAAAUAAAAUGAACAUCACCUAUACUAUCCAGAAUAAUCAUCCGAAUAUAAAAAGUUAAUUUUAGGUUCAGUAAGGUUCAAACUCUUGACCUUCCAAAUCUGGAACUCUAGUACCAGGUCCUGAAACCACUCAUCCCAAAAAUAUAACCUGACAGGACAAUGUAACACUAAUAAUCAUAUCUCUAAUACUUUCUAAACCUUCAUUAUACACAUUGUACGCUUAAGUCAUUGGUUCCUAUACUUUCUCAAUUGGAAAUAGUCAAGUAGAUACUCUACUAUAGUGCAGUCGGUAAGUUCAAAGUUUGUGAAGCUAAACCUUUUCGCCGUCGUGGCCGCCGCUAACCUCUCUUUAAGUUGUUAUGGAGCAGCCACAUGAUUAUUACGAGAGGGAGAGGGAGAGGAAGCCUUCAAGAGUCACCAUAAGCGCCCCAAAAUGGCUGCUGUCUUCAACGGUAACGCAAUCGCAGCCGCUGCUGUUCUUUCCGGAUGAACUCAUUAGGGAAAUCUUGUUGAGGCUUCCGGCAAGGUCAGUGUUUCGGUUACGGAGAGUGUGCAGUUCAUGGAAAACCCUAAUUUUCAGCUCUCAAUUCGCCAAAGACCAUCUUCAACGUUCAACCACCGGGGAUCCAAGUUUGAGUGGGCCACGAGUUGCUUAUUAUCAUAGUUGCCACUACGGAUUCGGAGAUUUCUCCUUACGCUCCUUGGUCGAGAACCCUUCCAAACCUACGGAAGUCGUUCUCUUCGAGGAGAGACGUAACUACAAGGUUAUUGGCUCUUGCAAUGGAUUGCUGUGCUUGCUGUUUGAUGUUGAUGGCAUCAACACCUUUGUCAGGUUGUGUAAUCCCUGUACUGGAUUAUUGACACCCCCAUCGGUGGAAUGUGGGGAUUUCUUAUCGGUUUGCGGCUUCGGCUAUGAUCAUGUGAAUGACAGGUACAAGUUUGUUGGGAUUGUAAAUCACAUGGGGGAAUAUAUAACUAGAAUUUAUACAUUUUGCAGCAACCCUUCCAAUAGAGCCAUUCAAGAGAUCCCAUUUAAUAGCAUAAUGGGUGAUGAUAAAGGGGUAUUUGUGCCUGGCACCGCCACUCUUAACUGGAUUCGUAGACAUGCCAUCCUGGGUUGCUUGGUUUUUUCCCUUGACUUGGUGAAGGAGACUUUUAGUGAGUUUUCCCUGCCCCUCAGUGAUCCGGAUGAUAAAAUCUUCUUCGUCCCACGGUUAUGUGAGCUGAGGAACUGCCUUGCAUAUUGUUAUAAUCAUGAGAAAACUCAUUGGUUCAUGUGGAUCAUGAAGGAGUAUGGAGUGCCUAAAUCUUGGACUAAAUUGGCCAUCAUCCCCUCCCUUCCGCGUCUAACUGAUUAUCAUUUACGUCCAUUGUAUACCUGGGGAAACAAUAUUCUUGUAGCGGUUGCAUCAACUUCAAGGAAAGUUAUCCGGGGAAACAAUAUUCAUGUAGGGGUUGCAUCAACUUCAAGGAUAGUUCUGUAUAAUUUGGAUAAUGGUAGCUUUGAAUUUCCUGUAUUGAAACCUACUCCUUCAAUAGGAUUGUCCGUCUUUAUUUAUCACGAAAGCUUAGUUUCACCACCGUAUCCUGGCCUUCCAAAUAGCUCAUCCCAAAUUCAGUUAAUCAAACGCUAACGGACAAGCUGUCUUCUGAAUAAUGGCUGGAUUUGUAGGAUUAACCCAUGUCUGCAACCUCUUCCAUGUGAAUUCCUCUAUUGGUAAAGGCUUCCCCCCGCUAUUUAGUUUCUAGCUAUUCUUCUAGUUGAAUGAUUUAUUUAUAUAGUUUUUUCAGACUUGGUGUAGGGCUGCAAAACUAUACUUUCUGCUGACAUUAUUGUUCCCCAUUGCUAAAUCACAAUGUCACAGCAA